AUGGCACUCACACUCGGCCCUUCGGCCAACAGCCACCUCCUCCUUCCACUCCCAGACUCCCCCACAUGGACCGCCUCAGCUUCACCGACAGACUCAUCACCACACACACCCACAGCCCUCCCCGAUUGCUGCCCCGAUCACUCCAAUCAACACGACCUCUUCCAGCCAGAUGAGCCUCCUACCCAGAAUCAGAUACGCCGUCUCGCCGGUUAUUCUGUCUAUGAUUCCUCGGGCAACCAACACACGUUAUCCUCCCUCUUCACCCCCACAUCACUCCGCAAACAUCGCAUCCUACUGAUCUUCAUCCGCAACUUCUUCUGCGGCAACUGUCAGCAAUUCCUCCUAACUCUGUCCUCCCAACUUCCCGCCUCCGCCCUGCCCGCAGACACAGCUGUGGCUGUCAUCGGAUGUGGCGCCCCUUCACUCCUCCCUUCGUAUCUGGAACUCACUCACUGCCCUUACCCCAUCUACACGGAUCCCACUGCCCAGCUCUAUGACAAGCUAGGCAUGCAACGGUCAUGGAGCCUGGGCAAUCGCGCGCCCGAGUACAUUCGUCAAAGUCUAUUUAUGGGCGGUUUAAAAUCCAUUGCCCAAGGUCUGAAGCGCGUUCCAGCAGGCGAUGUGCGGAAAGCGGGCGAGAUGAACCAGAACGGCGGCGAGUUUCUGUUUGUGCGCACCAACAGUGGCGACAGCAGCUCCUGGGCCGACGGAUGGCGAGUUGAGUGGUGCCACCGCAUGCGCAACACCCGCGAUCACACAGAAGUGGGGCGUCUGCGCGAAGUCCUUGGAAUGAGUGAGUACGAGACACAGCCGCAGCAAGUCGAGAAGGCCACGACGUGGGCGCCACGCAUGCCCCGAGAGCGGCACGGGCGACGGUGGACGAAACCCUCGCUGCCGGGGCUGCCACAAUCCGAAUCCGAAGGCGAGAAAGCGAAAGCAAAAUCGGGCCACGUGCGUAGGAACACAUUUGGCCAAUCCCUCUCGGUAAAGAGCCACAACGUCAUGCGCACACUGAGCCUGAAGCGGCCCGACACAGCCGGCUCCUGGGUCGGGCGCGACAUCGAGACACAAAAACGCAGCCUCACGCCAGCCGUGGCGGUACCGCAUCUCCCAUCCCUCUCCACGACACAGCAGUACGAAGAGCAGCAGCAGCAGCAACACCAAACCCAACAACCACAUCAGCAUAAGCGCACACAGUCCAAAUCGCGCGCAGCAGCGCAGAUCCUGAACCUGAAAAUCACCUCUGGCCGGACCACUUCGGCCCAUGCUGCAAAGCAGUACCUGCUGUCGGACAACAUCUCCGAGAGCCACGUCGCGCUGGUGAGCGUUGUGAGCCCCGGCGGCUAUAGUGUGCGCAGCAGCUUGACGCCGCAGGUCGGCUCGCCAUCGCCGGUAGGGACGCCUUUGAUCGGGAGAGCAGGAGCGGGGUUUGGGCAGGGCGUUGUGAGUGUGCGGUAG